AUCAACUUCAUGCAUUUCCUCAUCCGUCGAACCCAACACCACCAACAAUGGCGAACACUCUUCACCGAUGCUGCACUUCCCAUCAACCACGUCAGAGACCGUGGACUCGACCACGUUGUCGAAAGAGAAAAAAACCUUAAACCCCUUCUCCAAAUCAAGAACCUCAUCAAAUCUGAACCUUCAAAAACCAUUCCUUUAAACAUCAUAACUCAGUCCAAAGAUUCACUACAAAUCCCAACAAGACCCAUUGAGUUUAUUAGAAAAUACCCUUCAAUUUUCCAAGAAUUCUUCCCUGCUAGUAUAAAUAUACACCCCCAUAUUAAGUUAAGUCAAGAAAGUCUCAGUCUUGAUGAAGAUGAAGAGUUGUUUUAUCAAAGUGUGAGUUAUAAACAAGAUGUUGCUGAUAGGGUAUUGAAGCUUUUGAUGAUUGGUAAGGUUACUAAGAUUCCUUUAUGUGUUCUUGAUAAGCUUAAAUGGGAUUUGGGUUUGUGUGAUAGUUUUGUGAAAAGUGUAGUACCAGAGUUUCCUGAUUAUUUUCAGGUGAGUGGUAGUGAGUCUGUGUUGGAGUUAGUUUGUUGGAGUCAUGAACUUGCUGUUUCUUUUAUGCAAAAGGAAGUAAUGAAAUGUGAAGAAAAUAAUGAGGAUUUGUUAGUUAAGUUUGCUUUGAAGUAUUCGAACGGGUUUGAGGUGGAUAAGAAGUACAAGAAAUGGGUUGAUGAAUGGCAAAAGUUGCCAUAUAUUUCGCCGUAUGAGAAUGUGAAGAACCUUCCUGCUAAGAGUGAUGAGGCUGAUAAGUGGGCAGUGAUAAUUUUGCAUGAAAUUCUUAGUCUUUGUGUCGGGAAGAAGGCGGAGAAAGAUAGUUUGCUUUUGAUAGGAGAGUGUUUGGGACUUCGUUCGAGGUUUAAGAAGGCAUUAAUGUUGCAUCCAGGGAUAUUCUACGUGUCGAGUAAGAAUGGCAUACAUACUGUGGUAUUGAAGGAGGGCUAUAAAAGGGGAAUGUUGAUUCAGAGGAACCCGUUGAUGGAACUGCGGUAUAAGUAUGUUCAUCUCAUGAACAAGGUGACGGAGGAUAAAAAAUUGAAAGAUAUGCAGCAGAAAAGUAGUCAUGAUCUGAAAGAAGGUGAUGCAAAGGAAACUGAUGAAGAUAUGGAAGAAGAAGAAGAAGCAGAAGAUGACGACGAUGAGGUUGAUGAGGACUCUGAUGAUGUGCAUAAUGACUACAAUGAUGACGAGGCGGAAAAUGAGGCUAGAUAUGUGAAGCAUAGCCAAAGAUUAAACUUGAGGACAAGUGUUGAUGAUAGGAAGCCUAUCCAAAGAUUAAACUCGAGGACUAGAGAUGAUGAUAGGAAGCCUAACCAAAGAUUAAACUCGAGGACAAGAGAUGAUGAUAGGAAGCCUCACCGAAGAUUAAACUCGAGGACAAGAGAUGAUGAUAGGAAGACUUCAGCAACCUCUUCAAGGACGUUCUCGGGAAGAAAUUCCAACAGAGAUGUGGAAAGAACAUCAAGAAGUCCGUCUCGGAGAGCAGAAAAUAAUAAUGAGCAAGAUGGUCGAACAAGAUAUGAGGACAGAAGAAGUUCCAACAGAGAUAUGGAAAGAACAUCAAGGAGAUCAUCUUGGAGAGCAGAAAAUAAUGGUGAGCAAGAUGCUCGAACAAGAUAUGAGGACAGAAGAGGUUCCAACAGAGAUAUGGAAAGAAUAUCAAGGAGAUCUCCUUGGAGAGCAGAAAAUAAUGGUGAGCAAGAUGCUCGAACAAGAUAUGUGGACAGAAAGCUUCCAAUAAAUUCAGUGAAGACUUGGGCAGGAAGAAGUUCCAAUGGAGACAAAGAAAGAACCUCUCGAUCUUCUAGGAGGCCGGAGACUAAUGAUAAUCAAUAUGCUCACCAAAGAUCAAGUAACAAAUUAGACCCUCGUACAAACCGGGGAACAUCUGAACAGAGGAGGACCUCCACACCGUGAAAAGCUAUUUGCUUUGUGAAGGCAGUGUAACCAUAGGCUUGCUUUUGAUUGUUUUAGGUUUGUCAUUUGUCACUCACAUAUGCUGCUAUAAGGCUGUAACAACAUAUUGCAGAAUCCUGUCUCAUCAAAUUUUGGCUUUCUCUAUGGGGUUGCAGCUAACUCAGCUAUCCCUCUUUUCCGGAAGCUUGUUGUAUACUUGGUGAAUUCUUUUAUGAACUCUCCAACUGCUCCUAGCUCGACCUCCUGUCCACGCAAAAGGUUUGCACCAUUGCCACAGACUGGGGUCGGCAACUCCAAAAAGGAAAUAUUGAGGAUUAUUAACUGUUUUUGCUUAGUAAUUGUCCAGACCAACAACCAAACAACAAGUGAAAAUGGUGCAGUAUUUGUUGGCGCAGGUGUUGAUUGAGUUUUGUUUAAAGUCUUAACACAUGCUCUGCUAUGUUCAAGGAAAUGUCUUCUUUCUUCUGAGUGAAAGAUUUCUUAGAGGAUGCAUCUCUUUCCUUUGGUGAUUUGUCCUAUUAUCAAAUGACUCUAGUUUGAUCUUCAUGCGUUGAGCUCUUCUUCAGAUAACUUGGUUGCAAAAUGAUACUCUUACUGUUUGAACGUAAAAGGCACCCAUAACUUGUUCCCAGUUUCUUUGAAUUCUGGAUUGUUUACAUAGCACAAGGUUACGUUAUCGGUGAUUGAAGAAAUUAUAUUUAGCCUUUAUUACAUUUUUACUUGCCUACUGUGUAUCAACUUAUUUGUCCUCUGUAUGUUACAGGCUUACAGUUAUUUCUUGUCAAGUAAAGUAUCUGAAAUUAUGGA